GGAGGCUCGCUCGGUGCGCUGCCGUCAGGGGUCCGUCGGGCGCUGCUGGGGCCGCCGCCUGCGGAGACAACACAGGAGUCUACAGUGAAGUCAGAGUUUAAAUAAGGAUGGAGCUGGCUCAUAGUUUGUUGCUAAAUGAAGAAGCUUUGGCUCAAAUCACAGAAGCAAAGAGGCCGGUCUUUAUUUUUGAGUGGUUGCGAUUUCUGGAUAAAGUGCUUGUAGCUGCCAACAAGACAGAUGUCAAGGAAAAACAAAAGAAGCUUGUGGAACAGCUAACUGGACUCAUCAGCAGUUCCCCUGGGCCACCCACACGUAAAUUACUGGCUAAAAAUCUUGCGGCUCUUUAUAGCAUUGGCGAUACAUUUACUGUCUUUCAGACACUUGAUAAAUGUAAUGACAUUAUCAAGAAUAAAGAUGAUACUGCUGCCUAUUUAUCGACCAAACUGGCUGCAGUGGCAUGUGUUGGAGCUUUUUAUGAAAAAAUGGGCAGGAUGCUGGGCAGUUCUUUUCCAGAAACAGUGAAUAAUCUCUUAAAGUCUCUGAAAAGUGCAGAGUCUCAGGGCCGAAGUGAAAUAUUAAUGAGUUUACAGAAAGUUCUAAAUGGACUGGGUGGUGCAGCAGCUUCAUGCCACCGUGAUAUUUAUAAGAAUGCCCGAUCUCUGCUGACGGAUAGAUCUAUGGCUGUACGAUGUGCAGUAGCUAAGUGCCUACUGGAACUACAAAAUGAAGCUGUAUUUAUGUGGACUGCUGAGCUAGAAAAUGUAGCAACACUCUGCUUUAAAGCUCUGGAAAAUUCAAAUUAUGGUGUACGAGUUGCAGUGUCGAAGCUUUUGGGGACAGUCAUGGCUACAGCGUUGAUACCAAAACAAGCCACAGUGAUGCGCCAAAACGUGAAGCGGGCUACACUGGAGGAAGUCCUAGAACUUAUGGCCACAGGGUUUCUUCGAGGAGGGUCAGGAUUCCUAAAAAGCGGUGGUGAGAUGUUGAAAGUAGGAGGGUCUGUCAAUCGGGAAGUGCGAGUUGGUGUCACACAGGCAUAUGUUGUCUUUGUUACAACACUAGGAGGCCAGUGGUUGGAGCGCAAUUUUGCUACAUUUUUGUCCCAUGUCCUGGAUCUGGUGUCCCAUCCUCGUGCAACUCAGACUCAUGUUGAGGCAGUAUACUCUCGAAGAUGUGUGUCCUUUAUCCUGAGAGCAACUGUAGGCAGUUUAUUAGGGGAGAAAGCACAGAUUGCAGCUGCCAAAGAUAUUUGUCAAGCCAUUGGUAAACAAAUGAAGGCAGUGGAAGCGGUUGUGAAUGAUACUAACGGUGAAAAUAAAUCAGGAGCUGCUGACAUAGCCGCAAGCCAACAUGUGAUGGUGUGUGCCCUUCAAGAGCUGGGUAGCCUGGUUCAGAGCCUGAAUGCCACUGCGUCUCCACUCAUACAAGAACCCUCUCUCGGGCUACUGGAGACAGUAACCUCAGUUCUUCUUCAUCCAAGCAUGGCUGCUCGACUAGCUGCUGCAUGGUGCUUGCGCUGUGUAGCUGUGGCAUUGCCUUUUCAGUUGACUCCAUUUCUGGAUAGGUGCGCUGAAAGGCUCAACAAUCUGAAGACCUCACCAGAAGCAGUUAGUGGCUACAGUUUUGCAAUGGCUGCUUUACUAGGUGGAGUGCAUCAGUGUCCCUUAGGUAUUCCUCAUGCAAAGGGAAAAAUGGUAGUCAGUAUUGCUGAGGAUCUGUUACGAACUGCUGCUCAAAAUAGCAGACUAUCCUUACAGCGCACUCAAGCUGGGUGGCUUUUACUUGGUGCACUUAUGACUUUAGGUCCUUCAGUUGUUCGGUACCAUCUACCUAAGAUGCUGCUGCUAUGGCGAAAUGUAUUUCCUCGUUCUCUAAAGGAGCUAGAAGCAGAGAAAGCCCGAGGAGACUCAUUUACCUGGCAAGUAACAUUGGAAGGUCGUGCUGGAGCUUUGUGCGCUAUGAGGAGUUUCGUUGCUCACUGUCCUGAGCUCCUUACUGAAGAUGUGAUCAGAAAAUUAAUGACACCUAUAGAAUGUGCCAUGACAAUGAUGUCACACAUUCCAUCAGUAAUUAAAGCCCAUGGAGCUCAUCUUAAAGCUAGCGCAGCUAUGGUCCGUUUAAGACUUUAUGACAUUUUGGCUUUGUUACCUCCAAAAACUUAUGAAGGAUCAUUUAAUGCACUCCUUCGGGAGCUAGUGGCAGAAUUCACUUUGACAGACAAUUCUGCUAAUACAACUACAUCGCUGCUUAGAUCUCUUUGCCAUUAUGACGACAGUGUUCUUCUUGGCUCUUGGCUGCAGGAAACAGAUCAUAAAUCAAUUGAAGAUCAGCUUCAGCCAAACAGUGCAUCUGGAAGUGGAGCUUUGGAACAUGAUCCGUCUUCCAUUUAUUUGCGCAUCCCAGCUGGUGAAGCUGUGCCAGGCCCCCUUCCCCUGGGAGUAUCAGUCAUUGAUGCCUCUGUGGCGCUCUUUGGUGUGGUUUUUCCUCAUGUUUCUUACAAACACAGGCUACAAAUGUUGGAUCACUUUGCGGAAUGUGUCAAACAGGCUAAAGGUGUCCGCCAACAAGCUGUGCAGCUUAAUAUCUUCACUGCUGUUCUCAGCGCGUUGAAGGGUUUAGCUGAGAAUAAAAGCACAUUAGGACCAGAAGAAGUCCGCAAAUCUGCUUUGACGUUGGUUAUGGGUGCCCUUGACAAUCCUAAUCCCAUUUUGAGAUGUGCAGCAGGAGAGGCACUUGGCAGAAUGGCUCAGGUAGUUGGAGAAGCAACUUUCAUCGCCAGAAUGGCUCAAUUCAGCUUUGACAAGUUAAAAUCUGCUCGAGAUGUUGUGUCAAGAACUGGUCAUUCGUUGGCUCUUGGCUGUCUCCAUCGUUAUGUGGGUGGAAUAGGUUCAGGACAGCAUCUGAAAACCAGUGUCAGUAUUCUGUUGGCGUUGGCACAAGAUGGGACCUCACCUGAAGUCCAGACCUGGUCUCUCCAUUCACUUGCCUUGAUAGUGGACUCUAGUGGGCCAAUGUACCGGGGAUAUGUGGAGCCUACUCUGUCUCUUGUUCUUACACUGCUCUUGACGGUUCCACCAUCGCAUACAGAAGUACAUCAGUGUUUGGGCCGAUGUCUUGGGGCUAUAAUAACUACGGUUGGCCCUGAACUGCAAGGUAAUGGAGCUACUAUUUCAACAAUCCGCUCUUCAUGCUUGGUAGGAUGUGCAAUCACACAAGAUCACUCGGACUCUCUUGUUCAGGCAGCUGCCAUAUCCUGCCUUCAGCAACUUCACAUGUUUGCACCCCGCCAUGUCAACCUAUCCAGUCUGGUUCCCAGCCUUUGUGUUCACUUGUGCAGUUCUCAUUUAUUGCUCCGUCGGGCUGCAGUGGCAUGUUUGCGACAGCUUGCGCAGAGGGAAGCAGCAGAAGUGUGUGAAUAUGCCAUGAGCUUAGCAAAAAAUGCUGGCGACAAAGAGAAUAGUGGUGUCAAUAUUAACCCUUUUGCACCAGGAGUUGGUUCUCGGCGGGAUAGUCAUUGCCGGCAUCAAGGAGUUAAUAUAACAGAGACUGGCCUUGAGGGGGUUCUUUUUGGAAUGUUAGAUCGGGAGACUGAUCGAAAGCUGUGUUCUGAUAUUCAUGAUACCUUGGGACAUAUGCUUUCAUCCCUGGCAGUGGAAAAACUUUCACACUGGCUAAUGCUAUGUAAGGAUGUCCUAGCAGCCUCCAGUGACAUGAGCACUGCAGCUCCUUUGGGAGGAGGAAAGGAUGAAGAAUUGGAGAAGAAAGAUGAGAUGGAUGAUGACACAAUGUUUACCACUCUGGGUGAAGAGGAUAAAUCGAAGCCUUCUGUGGCUCCUCGCUGGGCCACUCGUGUAUUUGCUGCCGAUUGCCUGUGUCGAAUUAUCAUGCUGUGUGAGAAUGCGAAUAAGGCUCACUUUGAUCUGGCCAUGGCCCGUUCAGCCAAACUCAGAAACCCUAAAAAUGAUCUUUUAGUGCUACAUCUCUCCGACCUCAUCCGUAUGGCAUUCAUGGCUGCAACUGAUCACAGCAACCAGCUGCGGAUGGCUGGUCUCCAGGCACUUGAAGACAUUAUCAAGAAAUUUGCAUCAGUUCCUGAGCCAGAGUUUCCAGGUCAUGUGAUACUGGAGCAGUAUCAGGCUAAUGUUGGAGCUGCUCUAAGACCAGCUUUUUCCCAAGAUACCCCUUCUGACAUAACAGCAAAAGCCUGCCAGGUAUGUAGCACGUGGAUAGGAAGUGAGGUUGUAAGUGACCUGAAUGAUCUUCGCCGAGUUCACAAUCUCCUUGUCUCCUCCUUGGACAAAGUGCAAGCAGGAAAGGGGUCUUCCAGUCAGCUUUAUCGAGAGAGUGCCACGACUAUGGAAAAACUGGCAGUCCUGAAAGCCUGGGCUGAGGUGUAUGUUGUAGCUAUGAAAAUUAAAAAGGAAGCAGAGACCAAACCAAAGCGAGCAAUAAAGAAUACGGAUGAUGAUGAUGAGGAUUUUGGUACUGUAGAUGAGUUACCUCCAGACAGUUUGAUAACACUUGUACAACCUGAGCUGCCUAUUCUGAGUCGCCUUUGGCUAGCUGCAUUGAAAGACUAUGCUCUUUUGACUUUACCAGCUGAAUUUGCUAGUCAGCUUCCACCAGAUGGUGGAGCAUUUUACACUCCAGAGACAAUUGAUACAGCUAGACUGCACUACCGGAACUCUUGGGCUCCAAUCCUACAUGCAGUGGCACUCUGGCUAAACAGUGCAGGAUUUAAUGCUUCUGAGUCACCAGAAGAAGCAGCUGCAGCAAUGCCUAAUUCACAGAAACGUGCCUCGUCCAUCAUGUUAAACCAGGCACCUGGAACACCACCUACCACUAAAUCUUUGCCAGAGAUAAACAAAGAUAGAAUGCACUUGAUUUUAGGUGUUAGUAUACAAUUCCUCUGUUCCCCCAGGCCUGAGGAGCCUGUUGAACACGUCACAUCUUGUUUACAGGCACUGCAUACUUUACUGGAUUCCCCUUGUGCUAGAAUUCAUAUUGCAGAGGAUCAGCUCCUUGGUGUUGAACUUCUGAGUGUGAUGCAUCGACUCUUAUUGACCUGGGAUCCUCCUUCAGUCCAGCUGCUAGUUACAGGAGUUGUCCAGCAGAUAGUGAGAGCAGCUCAAGAUUACUUGCAAGAAAAAAGGAACACACUAAAUGAAGACGACAUAAAGGAAAAAGAAACAUGCCUUGUGUUAGGAGAAGGUGGUGAGAGCGGUGGCCUUGUGCCUGGAAAAUCUCUCGUCUUUGCAGCCAUGGAACUACUAAUGUUUAUCCUAGUACGGCACAUGCCACAGCUAAGCCCAAAAAUGUCAGACUCUCCAAGUCAUGUUUCUGCCAAACCCCAGCUCUCUGAAGAAAGUGCUCGCCUUGUGGCUGCCACAGUUACCAUCCUAUCUGACCUGCCUUCUCUGUGCUCUCCAGCCGGAUGUAUGACAAUAUUACCUACAAUCCUGUUUCUGAUUACAAGAGUAUUGAAAGAAACUGCAGUAAAAUCAGUGGAUAAUCAGGUCUCACCGCCAGUCAGUGCAACUCUUCAGGCAAUAAAAACUAUUGUAACUCUUCCAAUGGCCAAGACUGAGGAAACUCAUAAGCAAUGGACCAGUCUUAUCCGCAGCACUCUGGCAUCUGUCUUGGAAUACUCCCAACCAGAGGGCACCAAGUCUAUUCUUGAUGAAGUAAGCAUGCUUACAGCAAUUGCGCUCUUCCUUUGGUCUGCAAGUACAGAAAUAAUUGGAGUGCAGUCCUUACAGAACGGCUGCAUUAACAGAUUUAAAAAUGCAUUGAAUUCCUGUGAUCCUUGGGUUCAAGCCAAGUGUUAUCAGCUUCUACUUUCUGUAUUCCAACACACCAACCGUGCCCUGUCAACUCCAUAUAUCCAUUCAUUGGCACCAAUAAUGGUUGAGAAACUGAAGGCUGUAGAAUGUAACCGUCCAAACAGCAACACAGAGCUUUUAGCAGUCCAGGAAGGAAUUAAAGUCCUUGAAACAUUGGUUGCCCUUGGUGAGGAGCAGAAUAGAGUCCAGUUGCUUGCUCUUCUAGUUCCAACUCUGAUCUCUUAUUUACUGAAUGAAAAUGCUUUUGCUUCUGCAUCUACAAUAUCGAAAGAUCUUCAUGAAUUUGCACUCCAGAAUUUAAUGCACAUUGGUCCCCUCUACCCUCAUGCUUUCAAGACAGUAAUGGGAGCUGCUCCUGAAUUGAAAAUACGUCUAGAAACUGCAGUCCGAGCAAGUCAGGCCAACAAAGCAAAAGCAGCUGCCAGGCAACCACCACCCACAAUACAUUCUGUCCCAACAAUUAAACUUAAAACUAGCUUUUUUUGAAUUAUUUUGAGUUGUUAUUUUUGGGAUCAUACCUACAAUUAAAAGUCAGAAGCACUACAUCAUUCCUUAUGUGCUACUGCAUAUAUGUUUGUAUUUUGCAUUGUUUGUAUGUCAGAGGCAAUCUAAUAGCUUUAUGUGUAAUUACUUGAAAUUUGUGCAUUAUAAGGGAAGUAGUGUUACAAGUAUUUAUAUAGAUUUUUAAGAAAUUGAAUUUGUUUGAUCAUAUUUGUGAAUCUGUUAUAAAUUAUCCACCAAAAAAUGUAUCAUCUGUCCUACUAAAUUGUGUUGUUUAUUUUUAGAACACUGAGUCAAACCUUGCAAAUGUAAGUGUUUUUAAAAGCUAGUUAAUGCUAUCCCACUGUUGUACCAGUACACUAACAUAGCAGGGUUGGAGUGGGAGGAGAAACCAGUGUUCAGUAUUUACUAUUUAUCUUUGGAAAUUUCAGGUGUAAUAAUCACUUUUUUUCUUAAAAAAACAAAAACAAAAAAACCCACAAACCUGGUGAAGUUGGAGUGUAUCAAAUGUAUAAUUCAUUUCAGGUCACAUGUAAUACAAAAAAAGCAGGAACUGGAAAAGAUUGCAGUCUUUUCCAAGAUAAACAAUCAAGCAUGCUGUCAAAAUAAGAUGUUAUUAACUUUGUGGUAUAUCUCUUUCAGAUCAGUUUCCAUGCCUGAGAGUUAAUAAAAGGAUUCAAAGAA